CUCUUUCUUCUUCAUUCUUUCGGUCUUCGGUCUUCCCACCAACUUAAUUAAAAAAAAAAACAAAACAAAAUCAACUUCAAAUUUCCAAGUGAAUUUUUAUAAAUAGAAACGAAAGGGAAAAAAAGAAAAUAGGGGAGGGAAGAGAAAAAAAGAUUCGAUGGGUGCGUCUUUAUCCAACUUAACGGAAGGAAGCAAUGGGACGGCGAUGGGACCGGGAUUAGGGGACAUACCGGAGAGCUGUGUGGCCUGCGUUUUCACUUACUUGACGCCUCCGGAGAUUUGCAACCUGGCGAGGUUGAAUCGAGCGUUUAGAGGGGCUGCGUCUUCGGAUUCUGUUUGGGAAAUGAAAUUACCCAGUAAUUAUCAAGAUCUGCUGGAUUUAGUGCCACCCGAAAGGUACCAGAAUUUGUCCAAAAAAGAUAUUUUUGCCCUUCUCUCUCGCCCGGUACCUUUUGAUGAUGGAAAUAAGGAAGUAUGGCUGGACAGAGUGACCGGGAGGGUAUGCAUGGCAAUAUCUGCCAAAGGGAUGGCAAUAACUGGAAUUGAUGAUCGGAGAUAUUGGAAUUGGGUUUCUACAGAAGAAUCUAGAUUCCAUACUGUGGCCUAUUUGCAGCAAAUAUGGUGGUUUGAGGUAGAUGGGGUAGUAAAGUUCCCUCUUCCAGCUGAUAUCUAUACUCUUUCAUUCAGGCUUCACCUUGGAAGAUUUUCCAAAAGGUUGGGAAGAAGAGUGUCUAGUUUUGAGCACACCCAUGGUUGGGACAUAAAGCCUGUAACAUUUGAGUUGUCUACUUGUGAUGGUCAGCUAGCAUCAUGUGAGCACUAUUUAGAUGAUACUGAACAAGAUUAUGAUAAUGGAAACCACAAGCGCGGAUGCUGGAUAGACUACAAGGUUGGGGAAUUUAUUGUCAACGACUCUGAACCAGUUACUGAAGUCAGAUUUUCUGUGAAACAGAUAGAUUGCACACAUUCUAAAGGAGGACUUUGUGUAGAUUCUGUAUUUAUCAUCCCCACUGACCUAAAAGAGCGUAAAAGAAAAGGGAUGUUGAAAUAGCCAGAAGCAUAUCAGAGUUACUGUUGACAUCAGUGAUCCCCGGAAUUCCCAUGUGGGGUUUCACGUACAGGUUAUACUUCUAAAGGCAUUUGUUGUUUUAGAGGAUUUCAUCUUAAUUGAUUUUCAGAGUAGGCAUGUGUCCUCUAUGAUUACGCAAGUUUCACUACCAUGUAUUUGAUCCAGUUUUGUUUCCUCUUUUACACCUCUGCACAUAAAAUUAAGAGAUUAUGGUUGGUUAUGAUCUUGUUUUUCACGAGAAGCUUCUGUUAAAAUUUUUGUAAUUUAGUUGUGAUGCAAAUGAGGUAAUCUAAUUCCUUUCUUAUA